CCCCAUGAAGAAAUCAGUCAUCAGAUCGGUUGGAAAGCUGCUUCAAACUGGUGAAGGUCUCAUACGGCAAAAUUGCAGUCUGGGCUAGUUUAUAAAGAACUGGGCGGCUCUUAGCCUGAUUGCACUGGAAAGAGUCCAUGCAGUGGUGUAGGCUGUUGAAGCAUUUCUCUCUCCUGCCUACUACACCAGCGCACUGCACCGCCUGCUCUAUUAGUAUUAGUGGAGGCUUAUGGGGAGCUCAGGAAAGCCUCUGGGCGGAUACACCACCACUGCCCUCUCCACCUUAGACAAACACCAGAGAGGACUGCUUCACUUCACAUAUAUCUGGAAAUACUUUUGGACCUUCACAAGUACGUGCACUUUUCUUCAAACCAUCUGCGAUAGAAACAUCAAGGCGCUAAAACAUUUGCCGCAAACUGGUUGUGUGUAUUUGUUUUUGCGCAACACCUGGCUACUUUUAUAGACAUUUUUUUAUCAUUUGUGUCUUUGUUGAUUAUGGCUUGUGUCCCGGACUUAAAAGGUGACCGGUGAUCUUGUUAAGUUGUGAAGGACAAGAGCGGAGUGAAGAAUGGAGAAUGUGACAUUAUAUGAAAAUUAUAAUCGAACCCUCGGCGUUUGGACCGACCAAAGCAUCGAGUAUAAAGUGGUGAGUGUUUUCUUGGGGAUAAUGAUUUGCGGCGCCGGGAUCGUGGGGAACGUGAUGGUGAUCCUAGUGGUGCUCACAACCAAACACAUGCGGACUCCCACCAACUGCUACCUGGUGAGUUUGGCGAUCGCAGACCUCAUCGUGCUGACGGCGGCAGGUUUACCUAACGUUACUGAAAGCCUGUUCGGGGAGUGGGUUUACGGCUACGGCGGAUGCCUCUCUAUAACAUACCUGCAGUACCUGGGCAUCAAUGCGUCCUCUUGCUCCAUUACAGCCUUCACCGUGGAGAGGUACAUCGCCAUCUGUCACCCGAUCAAGGCGCAGUUUCUUUGCACAAUCUCCAGAGCCAAAAAGAUUAUCAUCCUGGUUUGGGCUUUCACCAGUCUUUAUUGCAUUAUGUGGUUUUGUCUGUCCGACAUAGAAAAGAAGGUCUACGACAACAUUACCUUAACCAUAUGCGCCUACAAGGUGCCAAGAGAAUUCUACAAGCCGAUAUACUUCACUGAUUUCACGUUGUUCUAUGUGGUGCCGCUCCUGCUGGCUUCCAUCCUGUACGGUCUGAUCGCCAGGAUCCUCUUUCUCAACCCUCUGCCGUCGGACCCCAAGGAAAAUGCGCAAACCAAGAGGAAAGGCUCGAGCGCAGAGAGCAAAAAGCACUCCAAGAACUCUUCAUUUGGAAGCACAGCAGCUUCGCGGAGACAGGUGACAAAGAUGCUGGCUGUGGUUGUGAUUCUCUUCGCGUUGCUCUGGAUGCCCUAUCGCACUCUGGUGGUGGUCAACUCAUUCCUAAAAUACCCCUACUCUGAUAAAUGGUUUUUGCUCUUCUGUCGACUCUGCGUUUACCUGAACAGCGCCAUCAAUCCUGUUAUCUACAAUGCUAUGUCUCAAAAGUUCCGCGCUGCCUUCCGCAAGCUGUGCCACUGCAGGCCGCAGAGCUCACAGAAGCCGGCUACAUACAGCAUGGCCUUAACUUACAGUGUAAUCAAGGAGACCUCCAAUGGACAGAGUCCAGACCACUACCCCACAGAAAUGGAAGAGCUUCCAGGGCCUACAAAUGAAUUUCUGCCAGGACGAAAGAAGCUUCCUUAUAAAGAGUCCUCACUUUCAGACAGCAUGUUAUCUACAGCCUAGUUUUAUGGAUAGUUUAUAACCAAUAAUAAAAAAAAAUAAGUCUUACUUUUCACUGUUGAAAAAAAGGACCAAAUAUAUUCUAAUAUUACAUAAUGCUUCUGAGGUGUUUUAAACCUUCAGCAGAAUGUUGUAAUAUUGCAGGCUAAACAUCUACAGACAUGACCCUGAAGUCUUUUCUUUAUAGACACGGUGUUAAAUAAAUUAAAAGGCGGACAAUGCACAAGAAAGCUCCUAAACUGUCCUGCUCAGAUAAUAAACAGCUUUGUGCUCAAAGCCCAACUCAUAUGGUUUAAUACAAUUUCAGCACAAUGUACCAAUGUUAAACACCUCACCCCAGAGAGACUUGUUACAGCGCUGGUUGUCAUGUUUACAUUCCACUGAGAUAUCAGAGAUGGUUUGCUGUAUUUGCAGUAAAAAUAGAUAGAAAUAUCAAGCCUACAUUCUAGGUCAUUUAUUUCAUGUUACAAGUCAUGUUAAUUCUGAUCUGAUAUUGCUUUGAAUGCUUGAAAGAAUGUUACCUUAAAAAUAGAAUGUUCCCAGGUAAAACAUACAGUAUAGUGUCAUUGUGUUAGCAUGAUUAGACAAAAAAGUUCAGCUGCAUAUAUACAUAUAAGACAAAAAAUAAGAGAGAGAAUGCACAUACUGGUCAAUCGUAUUUCGUUAUGUAAAUGUUAUUUAAAGUGAAGUUGGUUGGUAUGGCAGUGUAAUAUUUUAUUAUUUUGUUUUAUUUUUAUUUUAACUGUAAUGUGUGCAGCUUUAAAUGCAAGUUUGUGUUCCUGACUGUUGUCUUUAAAAUCUUGGUGUUAAAAUCUUUAUAUAGGUUAUAAUAAUAUUGAUGCUCUGUGAUAAAUGUUCUAGUGAGAGAAAAUGUUCUCAACACAGACUCUGGAUAACGUUUGAAAUGUAGAAUAUUGUGCAGUGGGUAGUCACCAAUCUUUGUAGUUUAUUGGGUGAAUGUUCUAAGUAUUUACAAGAUAGUUCUUUCUGUUGUAUAGUAAAUAUUUAUAUUUUGUAAAAUGCGCUUUGUCUUGAAUAAAUUAAUAGAAUGGGAA